AUGGCUCUAGACAACCUUACCAGGGUAACUGAGUUCAUUCUCAUGGGAGUCUCCCAUCGUCCAGAACUCCAGAUCCCCCUGUUCUUUGUCUUUCUGAUGAUCUAUGGGUUGACUGUAGCAGGGAACCUGGGCAUCAUCACCCUCACCUCUGUAGACUCUCGGCUUCAAACCCCCAUGUACUUUUUUCUUCGACACUUGGCUAUCAUCAACCUUGGCAAUUCUACUGUCAUUGCUCCAAAAAUGCUGGUCAAUUUCUGGCUUAAGAAGAAAACCAUCUCCUACUACGGCUGUGCAGCUCAACUGGGUGGAUUCUUAGUCUUCAUUGUGGCUGAGAUUUUCAUGCUGGCAGCGAUGGCCUAUGACCGCUAUGUGGCCAUUUGUAACCCCCUGCUCUACAUGAUGGUGGUGUCUCGACAGAUCUGCCUUCUGCUAGUGUCACUCACAUACCUCUACAGUUUGACUACAGCACUGACUGUCUCUUCCUGUGUGUUCUCUGUGUCUUACUGUUCUUCCAAUGUAAUCAACCAUUUCUACUGCGAUAAUGUCCCUUUGUUAGCAUUGUCUUGUUCAGAUACCUACAUUCCAGAAACAGCAGUGUUUACUUUUUCAGGGACCAAUUUGUUUUUCUCCAUGAUUAUUGUUCUGGUAUCCUACUUCAACAUUGUCCUGGCCAUUUUGAGGAUACAAUCCUCAGAGGGGAGACAAAAAGCCUUUUCCACCUGUGCUUCUCACAUGAUGGCAGUCACUGUGUUUUAUGGGACCCUGCUUUUCAUGUAUUUGCAACCAAGGACCAACCAUUCAUUAGAUACUGAUAAAAUGGCUUCGGUAUUUUAUACCCUAGUAAUACCAAUGCUGAAUCCCCUCAUUUAUAGCCUCAGGAACAAGGAUGUGAAGGACGCACUGAAGAGGUUACUGCACAACCCAUGCCAAUCAAUCAAACAAAUGUAA